GUACGUGCGCAAGUUCGCGUGUUUCUUUGUACGUGUGCGUCGUCCGUUCGCCUGUGUGUGUGUGUACGACACAAUAUUUAUAAUAUACACAGAUAUAAUAUCGUAUACGUGUAUAUCUAUAUUAUAUAUAUAUAUAUGUAUAUAUACUUGUUUAUAUAGAUGUUUGUAUACAUAUAUAUACAUAUAUAUAUAUAUAUAUAUAUAUCUAAUCUAUCUCACGCACUAGGUAUAUUAUUAUUGUAACGCCGCCGUUGUCCGUGUUUUUCGGUUUUUUUUUUUUUUUUUCUGUUAUUAUUUUUUAUUUCUUCUAUUAUUUUUACUAGAUAUAAUAUAAUAUAAUAUUGUUAUUUCGAAUGAUAAUAAAAUAACAAUAAUAAUCAUAAUAAUCAUAGUAAUAAUAUGAACGGCGUCCGCGAUUGGUCGGACUUGCAGAUUUCCAGUACUGGUUCCGCCGCGUCGGUCGUCCGUCAUCAUAGCCGCCGCCAACGACGACGACGUGCACCAGUAGCAGCAGCCGCUCAGUGACAGUGUGUAAAGUUCGUAAAGUUUGUUGUACUUUUAUAGCAACGAAAACUACGACAAGGUAUUCGAAAAAAAAUCAAGUCACGAUAGAAACAUAAAAAACAACAAGACCAACCGCUACGGAAAACUGAACCCACUAUAAAAUAUUAAAAGCGACGGUUAGUUACUGAUUUGUUGCAAGGUAGUUGGCCCGUGUAGUCAUCGUAUCGUGUCCGUUGUACGCGUAUCGCAACUGUCGUCGUAUCUCGCGGUAUCUCAGUUACGGUGCGCGCGGAUUUUCGCGUGUGAUGAAGGGAACGUUCGCGACGGCCGAAAAAAACUCGCAACACGAACCGAAGCCGUUGAAGCAACAGCAGCGACACUACAACAACCGUCGCAACAGGACGAACAGAAACGGAAACGGUGACAACUACUCAUACUGCUGUCUGACAGCAGCAACGUCUGUCAGAUGUUAUUGUAUUCGGAAACGUAAACCACAGUGACCGAUAUUCACAAUCAUUUAAUGUACAGGCCUACGCACAAUAAUUCAAACGUGUAAGUACUACCUGAGUAGGUACAUAAAUUGGCAAUAAUAAUAAUUUUGUUCCGUUUGACAAGUGCAAAACACACAAACCGUUGAUCAGUAAGUACCUACUGACAACUUAUGUGUGUUAUUAGUGUUUCUGCUUUUAUACACACUUGCAAUAUUUUUGUGAGCAGGUAUACAGUUUACAAUAUCAAUCAAAUUGUUCUGUGUGUCGUAUAAUGUUGCUAUGGACAAUGAAAAAUAAAAUAUCUAUUAGGUGCCGUUGUGUUGUGUCGGAACUUUUAUGUGCACACAGUUCAGACCGUCACACAUUUACGGCACAGUUAAGAUCAUCUAGUUUAUUCGGUUUCACCACUCAUAACCAAUCAUUCAAACACCAUUUAAUAUAGUUGUUGUUCCUUUUUUAAUAAUGCUUUGUCUUUAAUCAUGUUACAUUGAAAUUUUACAAAAUAAUAGUUAGUUCAUUUAUUGGAAAACACAUUUGGUUAAAAUAAUAUGUAUUCACAUCAUGUUGCUAGUUUUUAGAUAAUUUAAAUCCAAAUUAUUUUAUGAUUUAAAUAGUUUUUUUUACAUAGGUAGGUACUAAUUUCAAUAUUUUUUUAAUUUUGAUGGAUUAUAAAAAUAUAUUUAUGUUAAUACAUUCACAUAUACAUUACAUUCACUAAACCAUAAACGGACUAAAAGUAUAGGUAGGUACCCAAUAGAUAAAGUGAGGAAUAAUAAUUAUAAUAAAGUCUUUAUUUUGAAAUAGAAUAUAUAUAUUUUAAAUAUAACAUAAUGUUAAGCUGCAAAACCCAAUAAAAAAGCAGAGCUUGUAAAAAGUUGGGUUGAGUUCAGUAUCUAGUUAUGAAAAAGUAAAAAGUAAAAUUGUUUUUAUGUAAUUUUGUAGAUUAUAACAGAAUUUAAAACAAAAACUGUGGUAUGGGAAAUUCAAUGUUUGUUAUAAUAAAAUUAUAUAGAUACUUAAAUUAUAUUAUGUAGCCCUUUCUCCUAACCUUUCGCCCUCUCACCGACUUCAAAUUUUUAUCUUUUGAACCAUUUGCUUAGAAUUAAUUGACCUGACUUAUGUUAUAAUUUGUUAAGAUAUUUUCUUCAUACAGUUAAAUAUUAUUAUGUUUUGCCUUAUUGUAUACAUAUUUACUUUGUGUUCUCUCUAAUUUACCAACAUCCAAUAUAAUUUUUUAAUCAAAGAUAAUUUAACUAUAGUUAGGUGCCUUUAGUUUCCUAACUACCAUAAUUACUAAUCUAAUAAUUUUGGUAAUUAUAUUAAGCUAAGGUUAGUUUCAUUUUUUUACCAUAAUUUCAUCAACUUUUCUUUAUUAGUUAAGUAGGUAUGAGGGUAAUUACUAAUUAUAAUAUUACAGAAUUAGAUAAGAAGCUAGAUUAAAAAAAUCUUAUCAGAAAUUUUAAUUUGAUAACCAUUUUUUUUUUUUUUUUGGUAUGCACUUUAAAUGUGAUGAAUGUGAAUGCAAAUGCAUUCAUAAUGAAAAUAAUAAAUAGUGUAUUAUUGCUUUUAAGACAUUUUCAAAAAAUACAAUUUUUUUUUGUAGUUUGACAAAAUCUCUGCAUAAUGCAUAAGUGCAGAACCAUAAUUCAUACUAACAUUUCAUAUCUGUAAUUACUUUUUAUUUUUCAAAACCAAUUUAAAAAAAUUACCUCCAUCAAAUAUAGUAAUAUUUAAAACAGAUAAUGAUUUUUAAAUAAAAAUAAUUUUUUUUUUAAAUGACUAGAAUAUAUAUCUGAGUAUACUAUUGAAUCUUAAGAUUUCAGUGCCCAGUACCAUUAUGGCUUUUGGCUCAAUCAUGCUUUACAGGAAAAAUGUGUAUGCCUCAUAAAGUUAUUAUUUUGUUGGAAAGACAAAAGCUUAAUAUACCUAAACUACAUUGAAUAAAGUUUUUUAAUAUUUUUUAAGAUAAUAAUCACAAACUUUAUUGUAAGUCUUUAUAAAAGGUCAAUAUUUAACUUUUUUAGACCAUUAUUUAAAAUUGGAAUUCAAUGUAGUCUGUAGAAUUUUGUUGUUUAUAAAUUUUAAAUAUUAUGUUUAAAAUAACUCAUCUCUAUUCCCCUAAAUUAGAUAAUUUCAUAUAUAAAAAUGCACCCCUUUCUAUGGGGUUAUCAGGCAUUAGUCAAAGUUUUGUCUUUAUGAUGAUCAAAAUGUUAAACAUGUUUAAAUGUACAAAAUUUGAGUAAAUUUGGAAUACCGUUCGGGUUCCUUAGUAGGUAUAUAAGUAAAAAAAAUGUAAUCAACAUUUUAACAAUUAUUCAUGAAAUUAAUUUAACACGUUAAUAGGGAGUGAAGUUAAUAAUUACAUGACUAUAUGAUUUUUAAUGAUUAGGCAAUAUUAUUAUUAUAAAAUUGAAUUGGCUGGGUAAUAAUUAUUUUAAUGACUAAAUGUUAGUAUCUAACCCAGUGGUUCUCAAAGUGUUGAACUCGCUGUUUACAGUAGAUUUACAUAACUAUUUUGAAUAUUUUUUGAAAAACAUUGUUUUAGUUAGUAUAUUUUCCGCAAAUUACUCACACUAUACCUAGAAAAAUUUGAAUGCCCAGUUCUUUAAAAUUAAAAAAAAAAAAUACUGACAUAAUUGUUGAUAAACAUUGAUUUUAUUUACUUUUGUUACCAUUGUUUUUAUAAUGGUAUAAACACCACAACUAAUACUACUCUAAUUAGAAUAGGUUUUUGAUUACAAUAAAUUACAAGAGCAUCUUGAGAAAAUCAUUAUUCAAAAAGGGACCAUUAGUCAGAAAAUUUUGAGAACCACUGAUCAAAUACAAAUUAUAUACAUAUUUGGUUUAAAAUUAAAACCAUAAAUAUUAAUACAUCUACUUAUUAAUUAAUUACUUAAAAAAUAAUAAUUUGUUAUAAUGAUAACAAAUAUAUUUUAUUCAUGAAUUACAAGUUCUAGAAAAUAUUAGACAAUUUCACAUGGAAAUUAUUAUAACAAAACAAUAAUAUAAUUUAAUACUUACUACAUAGGUAUUAGAUAUUAUAGAUAUUAGUUGAAUUAAUCCGAAAAAAAAUGUUUUGUUAAAUCUUAUAUACCUGCCUUUUAUUUGCUGCUUAUAUAAGAAGAAAAACUGAGCCCUCAGAAAAGAGGCCGAAAUGUCUCCAAAAAUAAAAGGAGCCUGAGUGCUCACUAACAAAAAUAUAAUUAAAAAGUACACAUACAGCAGUGUUUCCCAAAGGGUGUGCCAUGAAAUUUAAAAGAUGUGCUGCGACAACUUGAACUAUUGUCUAUUAAAACACCAUUGUAAAAUAUUCAUACAAUUCAUACAUCCUUUUUUUUAUUUAUUUUUUCUACAUAAAUCAAAAAUUAGUAUUGAAUUUGUUAUAUUGUAAAAACUUUUUUAGUUAUUAAAUAUUAUUAUGUUUAAUAUGUGAACAAAGGAUGCCAGUUGAUUCAUGUAAUUUAACUUGAUUUACCUACUCUUUUGUAUGUUUCACAAUGUCACACAUAGUAGCUGUUCUAUUAAAUAAAUUAUAACAUAACGGAUAUUAAAAUUGUUUUACCUACUAAAUUUAGUUUUCAGAAGUGCACGAAUUAUUUUCAUAUGGGGGAGUUCAUUGAACAAUAGUACAUCAUUUUUUUUUGAAUAGGUAAUUGUAUAAUAUAUACUCGGUAAUAUGUUUAAUAAACAUAUAAUAUAUAUAACAAAUACAUAUAAACAUUACUCCAAACAAAUAAUAACUUAAAAGUAAAAAAAAUUUCUGUAGAUAUAAUACAGUAUUACCAUAGUUUAUUAUGUAUCAAAUUACACGUAAUUUGUAUAGUGAAUAAUGAAUGGCACAAAUUUAAAAUCAAUUUCAAAAUCAAUUAACGGGUGUUUUGAAAUCUUAAUAUCAUUUGAAAUAGUAUUUCUUUUAAAUUUGAAUUUUAAAUAUUUUUAUACAUAAAUAAUUUAAAUGGAAAUUUAAAUUAAAUAUUUCUUUUUGUUAUUUAUAAAGUUUUAUCUAUAUUUUAUUUGGAGGGGGAAUUAGAAAUAUAAUUUUCAAAAUGUUUUGGUGGUACAAAAAGAUAAAUUUGCACAGGUCAAUUUACACCACUGCAUACAUAGUUUUAUCAGUUGGCAUUAAUCCCAUUUUAAAUAGCAAAUGUAAAUCAUAUAUGUACAUAUUUCACAGGAUGGGUGGGUCAUUUCAUAUCUGUAUGCAUUGAUUAAUCAUUGCUAAUAAAAAACAUACCUGACUGGAGUUCACUGAUAUUUGUUUUAAAAGACCAUAAUAUUUACAAUUUUCAUUAAAAUUUGAUACUUAAAUUCUUAUAAAAAAAAUUGUACAUUACAUUCAUUUUUUAAUUUUUUUUAACCACAAAGUACGACUUAUAAUGAACCUACUGUUGAAUUUUCAAGCAUUUCUAUUAAGUUUUAAAAUUUUAUUUACAGAGUACCUAGGACAUACAAAUUAAAUAAAAACUCUUAAAAUUAAAAUGUCUAUAAAUAGCUAAAAAAUGGCUGAAAUUUUUUGAUUUUACCACAUCUAGAAAAGGCACAUAUAAACUUCAAGUUUUUAUAAAUAUUUUUAACUGAAUUACAACAAAAAAAUAAGUUAAAAUUAAUACUAUAACCAGCUAUAAUAAAUUAUUAUAUCGUAAAUAAUCUGUUUUUCCAUUUAUUAUGAAAACUUCUUUGAAAAUUAAAAAAUGAUCUCCCCAAAGUACUACCCAGAUGAAAUUUACUUUCAGAAAAGAUGAAAAUUGGUGCAAGUAUUUGUGAAAUUUGCGAAUUUGUGAAUUUGCUGAUUGCAUGAAUUAGGCAUAUUUUUUUCUGUCAAAUGCAUGAAUUGUUGAGUAAUACAUUUUUUGUUAUUAUACUAUUAAUAUGGGCCAGAAUUUAAAAUUAUUUCGAUAAUUAUAUAAAUUGUAUUUUCUGCAUAAUGUUAUCUAUUUAACAGUGUAUUAUAAUAAGGCCAGUUCCCUAUAUAACUUACGUAUAAAAUAUUUUAUCUUACUGAUGUUACAGGUUUUCUAUGGCCUAAAUAAAAAAACAAUAUACCUACUAUCUAUAUUAUAUAUUGUUCAGUGGUUAGUUAGUUGGUUGGUGAACAGUGCAUUUAAGUAUUUAUUAUAAGUAGAGACAGGAUUUAUAUUCUCUUAUAAUCCACAAAGGCGCUUUAAAACAUCAAACAAAUCUCUGAAAAAAAAAAUUAAAAAUAUUUUUAUAAAAAGGAAAAACACUGAAGUUUAAGAGGUAUUGCUUAAUUCAUAAAAUGGGCAAUUUUUUUGAAGAUUUUGAAAAAUCUUAAAAAUAUUGAUAAUUAUUUAAUUUUAUUCAUGACAUUCUUUAUUGUAAAUGGGUUUAAUUAAAACAACUUUGAAAGUGUAUCAUGAAAAAAAAAAAUUAGCCUAGCUUUUAAUUAUUGCUUAUGAAAAUGUUAUAGAAUGAUUAUAACCACAGGAAAAUAGGCCUAUAUUAAGAGGUCAAUUUAUAUUGAUACCCUUUAAAAAAAAACAUUAAAUGUUCAAUUAUAAUAAUAAUAUUUAAUUAUUUAAUUAUGAUGGUUAGAGUUUUAAUUUUAUUUUAUGUAGAUAAAUGUAUGGUAAAUGUUAUGUAAGUUGCCAUUUAUUUUUAUCAGUGUUCCAAGUUCAAAUUUAUGCUACAUUUGUGAAAAACUGGACCAAGAAAAUUGUAAUUUAUUAUAAAUAUAAAUAAAUUUAUUUUUAAUUAAUAUAAUAAUAAUAAUAAAUAUAAUUAAUACAAAAGAAAAACUACUAUACUCUAUACUUCAGAGCAAAAUUUCUGCUAAAAAGUUUUUUUACAGAUACAAAAAAAAAAAAAAAUAAAUAUCAUAGUUUACCAAUAGCUGCCCUACGAACAUAUAAGCAAUUCAAUUGAUCUAAUGUAAUGUAUACUAAAAUACAAUAAAAAAAAAAAUGCUACACUAAAAAAUUAAAACGUUUUUAGAUACAAAAAACUAAAUUUUCUUAAAAUAAUAUAAAUCUUUAAAUAAGCCUAAGAUUAUUUUUGGUUUAUAUUAUCUUCCUUUAAUCAAUUUAAAAUUAACCCUAAUUUCUCUUAUACAUACUUAUAGAACAUAUUAAUUUAAUAAUAAUAAUACUUAUCUGUAUUUGUCAUUAACAACAGUAUAUACAUUAUUUUUUUACAAGAAAAAUAAACACAUUGAUACUUUCCCAAUAAGCAUAGCUUGUGAUUGGGGAUAGUGAGUUCAAAUCUAUAAUAAUAUAUACAUAAAUUAAAUUAAAAACUAUAGCAAAAUCUACAUAAGACAUUAAUAAAAUUAAAUAAACAUUAACUAAUAUCUAAUAUACUAAACCAAUAAAAAGAAAAAGAAAGAAAACAAAAAAAAAAUAUUAAAAAUUAUCAGAUAGAUAUAUCAUUAGGAAAUUAUGUAAUUAAUUAUUUGUCUUUUAUUCAACUAUUUAAGUUGACUAAACAUGAUAUUAUAUUUCCUGCGUAUAGUAGUUCUAACAUAAACUACACUUUUUGGGCCAAAGAUAGUUUUAAACUUAACUGAAUUUAGAUUGGUUAAUUUUUUAGAUCUGGUAUUGUGCACAUGUUUGUUGUAUAGUAAAGCUGCUGAUGUCCAUUUUCAUUAAUUGUAGUGUAAUAUUUUUAAAAUAAAAUUCAUUAAUUUUUAGAACACCAAUAUCAUUAUAUAAUUGAACAAUUGAAUAAUGUCUAUUUUUAUUAAGUAUAAAUUUAAUUAAAAUAUUUAAUAUGACUUCUAAUUUAUGUAAAUUAGUUUUGUUGGUUCCACUCUAUACAACAAUUGCAUAUUAAAUAAUGGAUUGUGCUAAUGCUAAGUAUACCAUUUUAAGAUUGCUAAUAUUUAAAAUAUAUUUCAAUGAUUUAAAUUUAAAAAAAACAUAUUUAUUUUUGUAUUAUAUAUUAAUAUAUAAAUUAAUUGUGUUGUUAUUUUGUUACAGACAGUAUGACUUGAAAGUUGGAGGUUACAACGAUGAUCAUCAGAGGCCCAUAGCAAUGAACGGUGAAAUUCCUAGUGUACCUAUAACAACUCUGGCUGGCAUUUCAAGUUUAACAGACUGUAAGUAUAAAAUGUAUAAUAAAUACUUUUUUUUUUUACUGGCCAUUAAGGUCUUUUGUAGCUUCUAUUAAGUCUUUCCAUUUAUUAUAUUAUUGCAUUUUUGAGUUUUUUUGUUCCAUCUACCAUUUUAUGUCUCCAUUCAUUUAAUCUUUUUACGGUCACUGAGGUUUUCCUCUGGAGUACUUGUAAGUCGGUUAAUUGGCCUGUUCAUUUCAAAGUAUGCUUAUUUUGGCCUUUGUUAUGUCUAACAGAUAUUUACUGAAUAUAAUUUCUGAGAUACUACUAAUAUGCCUUUAUAUUUAUUCUUGACAUAAAUAUUAUCAAUGUCAUGUAGUUGAGAGGCUUUUUGAUUUCUAAUAGCAGUAAUAUAGUAAAUGCACUAGAAUUAGCAUGGCUCGAUCACAGCAACUGCCAAAGUAAGUACCCAUAGUAACAAUAUAGUGGGAAAAUUACCACAUGCACAUUGCCAAAUUGGUUUUCAUAAAUUAGACAAAUCUGUGUCACAAAUUUUCAUUCUCUUGCAACCACUUAAAAUAAAUGUACGCUUUGUUUAUCGUACCAUUGAAUGUUACUGUAAUACUGGUGAUGUUGAUUUGGUUAGAAUUAGAAAAAAAAACUGUGAUUGAAGCAGUUCAUUGGAGAAUCAAUCAUUCUAUGGAUUAAAAUCAAUGAGCGGUUUCUUGUAUAACACAUGAUGACUUAUGUAUAUAUACUAUACACACAUUUAAAUUAUGUUCAAGCCAUUGGUUAGUGUACCAAUUAAAGAGAAUCAAACUCAAAAGAUUGAAAAAGCUUCUAUUUUUAUACUGCCCAAAAAAAUGUUAACAAAUUUUAUUCAUUGAUGAAAAAAUAUUUACUGUAAUGGAAAAAUAUAAUAUGCAGAAUGAUUGGAUAUAUGCUAGAUGGUCAUUAGAGGCUAAAGAAAAGGUUUUAUGUGUUCCAAAAAUGUAUUUAUGUGAGAAAGGGGAUAAAACUGGGGCUUAUGAACAUCAAGCAAGAGUUUUAGACCCUUCAGUGAAACCUCUUAGUGAUUUAUUAUUGGGCUUAUGAUUUCAUGGGUACCUAAAUACAUGGGUACAUGUGUAAUUUUGAAAACCAUGUAUCAAUCUGUGUAUUUAAAAAUUCACAUAUAUUUAGUCAUGUACAAUAUGUAUGUUCGAGUACUUUUUAUGUUACAAUAUUUAGUUUUUAAAAAUAAAUGCUGGACACUGGGGACAGGUGUGUCACUGCUGUAGGUAUUAUUAAAUCCACGAACAUUACCAAAUACAUGUGUAUUAUUAAAUACAGUAUUAAAUUCCUAGAUUAAUACACCUGUAUUUAAAUACCCAUAGGAAAUAGUAAGCACUAAUUAAUUGUUCCAAAAAAUUACAAUUAAUUAGGUUUCCUAACAGGUUUCCUGGUUACAGGACAAAAAUAACUUUUUGAAUUUUAUAAAGGCAUCUGAUUGGCCCUAUACAAGCCCAGUAUUGAAUCUGCUUGAUUAUGGGUUUUAGAGCAUUUUAGAGAGGAGAGCUUGUGUAAAAAAUGACAUUGAAAUUUGAAGUACUGAUAGUAUUUAUGUCUAGACUAAGUAUAUAGAUUUUGAAUAAAUUAAUAUUGUAGACAGGAUUUCAUUUAAAUUACAAUAUAAUAUAUGUGUUAUUAAUUUAUUUUAUACUAAAGGAAAAUUUUCUUAUGUUUAAUUCAUAUAUGUGUGCAUGCAGUUUGUUAAAUUUAAGGCUGUUUUAAUUAUACUUCAAUACUUACUGCCAUUAUGAUAAUUAAAACAAUUUUAUACUUUGUUUUAAACAAAAUUAAUUUUAAAUCUAAAGCUACCAGUCAAUAAAGUAUUAGGUGUCAACUUUUAUUAGCAAGAUUCAAAAUAAAAACAAAUUAAAUGAAAAAAAGUAGGUAGUGGUUUUAUUUUCAAAAAUAAGGGUAACAAAAAAUAAUAUAAAUGUAAAAUUUGUUGAGUUACUCUUAAUUGUUCUGUAAAAUAAUUUACGAAAAAAGUUAAUACUUUCCGAAAUAAUGAGUGUCAUAUGAUAAAUCAAUCACCUUAUAUAAUAUCGUUCAAUAGUAAAUUUUUUAUCAUUAUUAUAUUUUCUAUAUUAUAUUUAUGCUCUGUGUAAUAAUAAAGUAAGUAAUUUAACCAAAAUCGAUCAAGCUGUUGACAAGAUAUCCCACUUUAAGUUUAGAUUAGAGGAAAGUAGUGGUGCAUUAUUAAGACACUACGUGUCACACCCACACUCAAAUGAUACUCCACUACUCUCCUUCAACCCAAACUUAAGAACUUUUGAUAUAGGUUGACAUUUGAAAAUCAAAAGUUUUAAUCAAUUUUUAAGUGUAGCUUUUUUUUUGAAAGAAAAUUUGAUUGGGGAGGGGGGAUACUUUAGGAAGGUAAAUUUUUAAUUUUACCAAAAAUGGGAAAAAUUGAAAGAAAAAACACUGAAAACGGGAGAUUAAAAAAGUAAGUACAAUAUUAAACAAAUAUUAAUUAUUAAAGAAAAUGUUUAAUGCAUAUAUAAUUAUUAUUUUACAAUAAUAAGACAUAUAUAGUGUUUACAAAGCAACACUAUCAACUGAAUUUCACUCAGAAUCUUUUUAUUAAUGGUUUAUCAUUGCUUACAGAUACAAAUUACAAAUCUAAAAAAAACUAUCGGAAAAACAGUAAAUAUUUGCGGACCAUGUUAAUUUCAUUAUUUAAAUUUUUUAUGCAUUAUGUUUUCUACCAGAAAUAUUGCUUCAAUAGAAAAACAAGAGACCUUUUUUUUUCAUUUUAAAUCUUAAUGGUUUGUAAAUAAAUUUUUUUUCCAAGUAGUUUUUAUAAUAAUUGGGCAAAAUCAGGAAUGAUGUUAAAAGAAUGAGAAAUUUUAUGGUAAUAGUGGUUUCAUUAUAUUAAAUUAAUUUUUUUUAUUUUUAAUUUAUUUAAAAAUAUUGAUAUCAGACAAUUUCGAUAACAAAUUUAUAUUUGCCUUUUCUAGAUGUUGUAAAAUUUUUAAAAUAGUUUGGUAAUUUAUAAGCUAUUUAAAGGCACUUAAUUGUUGACUAUUUUUUACGCAAUUUUUAUUUAGUAAGUACUAUUUUUUUAUAUAUUUCCACAAGUAAUAAACAAUCUGUAUCAUUUACUAGACACAAUAAGAAUAUAUGAUAAAAGUUAAGAGGUCAUGAGGUUUUGAUGAAAGAAGCCACCCAUUGAUAACACUUUCCAUUAGCUUGAAAAAAUAAUUUAAUUUAAUUUUUAAUUUUUAAUUUAAUUGAGGAGAUCACAACACCACUUAUGCUUCAAAUGUCUUAGAGGAUUUCCAGGGAUUGUGGGAAUGGCCAAGUUUUUUAUAAGUUGAUUUGGAUGAUAAUUUAAAUGGUAAUGGAAUCUUUUAUAAAAGAUUUUUGCAUCGUCAUUUAUUGUUUUAAGUUUAAAGUCAGUGUGAAGUGUAUGAUUUGACACAUAGGGUGGAGCAUUUAUCAGUUUUCUGAUCGCUAUGUUUUGAAAGGUUCGGAUUUUUAAGAUGUUCGUCUUUUUUGCAUUGCACCAAAGCUGAAGUCCAUAGGUCCAUAGUGGUCCACAUUAAUCCUUGAUCUAGAGUAAGGCCGCAAUAUUUAAUUUUUGGAGAAUAGGGAAUUGGAAUACCGUAAAGGACAACACCAGGGCAAGGAGUAUGUCUGAGGGUAAAUGUUUGUUGAACAGAUUUAUUCUGGUUAACUUUAAAUCACCAUUUUGUAUAUCAUUUGUCCAUAGCGUUAAGGUGAGUUUGUAGAUUUAUUGCUGCUAUGAUUGGAUCUUUAUUAAUGGAUAUUAGCCCUUUGUCAUCAGUGUAGUCAGCUACUAAUGUGUUGGGGUAGUAGGUUGGUCAGAAGCAAAUAUAUUAAAGAGUAUUGGAGAUAAGAUGCCACCUUGAGGCACACCAGCAUUUAUAGGAGCUAUUUCAGAAAGAGCGGUUCUGUAGCGAACUUGAAAAUGUUGAUCCGUUAGAUAAGAUUUGAUGAGCAAGUAGUAAGUGGGUGGAAAGAAUUGCUUAGGUUAAUAUAAAAGGCCAUUGUGCCAUACUCUAUCGAAGGCUUGUGCAAUGUCUAGGAACACAAUUGCAAUAAAGUUUUUUUUCCAGGGAAUAUGAUUUGGCAUCUACAACUCUGUGAGCUGGGUGUAUGGUUGAGUGAGAAGCCCGAAAUCCGAAUUGGGUUUUUGGAAGAAUAUUCCUUUCAGUAAUGAUGGGCAGGAUACGUUUCAGAAUUAAUCGUUCAAGGAUUUUAGCGAAAAAUGGAAGAAGGCUGAUUGGUCGAUGAGAUGAUGGAAUGUCUGGUGGUUUAUUAGGUUUAGGAAACAAGAUUAUAGUGGAGAAUUUCCAAAGUAGAGGAAAAUAAGAAAGUCUAAUUAAAGCAUUAAAUAUAUGUGAGUGAUGUGGUCAAUAACUCUAGUUGGAAGGGAUCUGGCUACUUCAUAGUAAGUAUUAUGUGGAUUAAUUGUUUGAAAAAACAGAAAUAUAUAAAACUUUACAGAAGAUUCACUGUACAUUGUAUUUAAAGGUCAAAAAAAAUGUAGAGUGUAAUGUAGUAAUUGAUUUGUUUUACUGCUCAGAAUAGUAUUUUAUUGCUAUCAGAUGUAAAUUAAAUAAAUGUAUGUAUCAUACCUUCUCAACUUACCAUCUAAAAAAUUGGUGCACCCAUCAGCAGUAUCAAUGUUUUUUUUAUAAAUUAGGAGCAUAUUGAGGGCUCUAUUGGUUUUUUUAUUAUGAUAUAUGAUUUUUUUUAACUGUGUGUACAAAAUAAGUUUCUAAUAUGAUGAAAAAUAUAUGGAAUAUUAAUAAAUAUUUCUUAAAUUUGAAUUGAUACCAAAUGUAUAAGAUAAUUAAGGGGUAUGUCAUGGGCAUUAAUUAACUAAUACAUCUAUAAUUUUGGCUAAAACUUAAUAUCUUUUUGGUCUUAAUAUAGUUGUGGCACACCCUUUAUAUAUAAAAAAAUGUGUAUUUUUGAUAUCUGGGUAAUCUCAGAAACUACUCAUCCAAUAAUUAUAGGUUUUUUUUUUAAAAUGAUUGAGUAUAUGGUGGACAAUGUUUAAAGCUAUUGAAAUCCACAAUUUGUCCAGUAGAUCUAAUCUCCAAUAGUUUGAGUAGUUUGAGUGGGAUACAUAAUGUAUAGGUAUUUUUCAUUGCUUAGCAACCAUAUAACUAAUAUAAAUAUAUAAGUUUGAAAAGAAAAUGCAUUUUAAAAAGUUAAGGACAAAAAUAGUUUACUGCAGUGAUAGUAAUGGGUAUUGAAACAGAAACGUUUUUCUUUAAACAGUUAUUCAAUUUUUCUUUUUUUUAAAUAACAAAAUGUUUUAUAAUUACAUUACAAUUGAUUUACAGUGUUACCUGAAAUGCCAUUGCCUUCACCUAUGCCUCAAACAUUAGGUAAUAAAUCCUUGUUAUUUCAUCCCCGUGUUGCUGAAGAAGCAGAUAUUUUACUUAGCCUCCGUGAUGAUGCUUUGGUACCACAACUUAUUCAGUCAUUAAUAAACACCUCAUCAGACCACAUGUAAGUUUUACAUGUCUUAUAGAAAACAAUGAUGAAUAUUAAACUAUAAUAAUGUUUUAAAUUGUAUAGACAACUGCAAGAUAAAUAUGCGCAUACUGAAAAUUACAAUAAUCAACAAGAUAUACCUGAACUUCUUAAAGCUAUAUUACAACAAAAUGCAAAUGUAUUUAGUGGGCCACCGCCAACAUUACCACAGCAAACAUUUCAAUCACAAGGUAAGCAUUCAUUAAUUUGUUAAAAGAAAUUUUAAAUUGUAUAUAUCAUCAAAUUUAGCAUUUUUAAUAUAUAUAUAUAUACAUAUACAUCCAUAUAUACACAAAUAAAAAUUUGUAAAAAAUUAUAAAAUCAUAAAAAUAUUUAAUAAUUGUAUACUUCAGGCCUAUAUUGAGAUUAUUUCUAAUGAAUAGUUUGUCAACUAUUUUUGAUAACUGUUAAGUUUUUAAAAAUAGUUAAAUAAAACAUAUAGGUGUGAAUAUUUAAUGUUUGAGAAAUAGAAAAAUAGUAAAGAAACUUUUUAGUAUUUUAUUGAAAAAUUAAUAGUUGUAAUAUUAAUUUUUUUUAAUAGAAUCCAUUGGUAUCAUGUGUUCUAUAGGUUAGUGAUGGGAAUUCCAAAAUCCAGAUUUUUCUAAAAAACACUAUUUAAAAAAAUCCCUUGAUAAUCGUAUAAAUAUUAAAUAUUAUUACAAUAUAAAGCUGGGUACCUAAGUUAAAUGUUUAGACAAAAAUUCUAAAAAAAUCUUUUGGAUCUGGAUUUUCCGAUUUCAAAAAAUCUGAAAUCCAAAAGCACUUUAAUUUUUUGGUAUUAUGUUUUAUUUUUACAUUUUCAUUAAAAAAUAUUUUACUUAGGUAGACAACUUUAUACUGUAAAAAUAUUUAACACUUGUAUGGCUUUAAAUUGCCUUUUUUUUGUGAAAAUCCGAAUUUUUGGAUUCCCAAAACUAGUAUGCGUAGUUAGUACCCAAUUAUUUUUAAAAAUUAAAUUAAUUUAUAUUCAUACAAUAUGCUUUUAUUUUGUUCUAAUAAAAUAUAACUAGUGGUAGGUGCAUUGGAGCACUGAGUCAUUUUCUGUUAGUUGCCAUUCAAUUGCUGCUCUUACAUUUGUAAAUUUUCGCAUCCAAAUCAUGGGAGUCUUCCUCUUUUAUAUCUCAUUAACCAGUUUUUAUAAACUAGAUGCAUGUAAACCAAUAUUGGGAUCACAAAAAAUGUAUUAAAAUAUCAAUUUAAUUUAUCCAUGUAACUCAUGUGUUAUGUGUUAAAUGCUAUUUUUCUGAAAACUUUUUUUUUUAGUAAAAUCAAAGUCUCGUGUUUUUUCUAUAAUCUACCGUUAAAUUUGGUGUAUGUAGAUAAAUUAAGACAAAUAACACAAAUGUUAGGUUUACUGCUAUUAACAAUGUGACCUAAGUGAUUUCUCUUAACUGUGUUAGUUUAAAAUGGUGUCAAAAACUAACCUAAAUAUAUUUCUUAGGACUAUAUUUUAGAUAUAUGUAUUUAAAAUUUUUUUAGAAAAGGAAAAAAUCGUUGAAAAUAAAAAUGAACAUGAACUUAGUGUAAUUAAUAGUAUUGAAAGUGCAUUAAUUGAAGAACAUCAUCAUAUGGCCCAAAAUGAACUAUUACAGCAAUCGGAGAUAUUAAAUGAAAUUCCACCUCAACACCAGCCUGUCAUAGUUCAAACGCCAUCUACAAAAUUAUCUGCAAUUUUAUUAGAAGAAAAUGGUAAAUAUAUAAUGUAUAAUAGAAGUAUACUUCUAUUAAUUUUUUUUGUUUAUUGUGUUUAAUUUAUACAGAUACAAUUUUGCAUGAUGUCCAAGAAAUAACAGAAAAUGAUAAAAUUAAUGUUCAAAAUUUAGAACAUGAAUUUUCUCAAAUAACUAAUAAUUAUGACGUGUUUUUAAAUAAUGAACCCUCUAUUUCAUUGUCAUCACAGAUUGACAUUAGCGAACAUGGUAUUAAUGACAUAUUUUAAAUUUAAAUACAUAGAAAUUAACUUUUGUUUAUUUCAGUUAUGAACAAAGCAGCAAAUUUAAUUAAUAUGGGAGAAGAACUAACCGAAGAUAAUAAUUUUGGAUUAGCUCUUGCAGAAAGACCUUCUGUUAUAAAUCAAGGUUAGUUUUUUUUUUAAAUAUUACAUUUAAAACUAGGUAUCUAUAAUUUAAGAAAUUUGCUUAAAUAAUACUACUGUUUUUAUGGCAAGAGCAUAUUUGUAAAAAUAUGUUUUAUUUGAUUACCUGUUAUUGAUAUUAUUUAUAGAAGAGGGAAUUAUUAACAACAAUAUAUUCAUAUAAUAUUUAUUUAUUUUUUUUAAUGCCUUUAACUGUUUAUUGAUAUAUCUAUCCUAGACACCAUUAAUGAAAAACUUAAAUAGAAUCUGCUUAUUAAAUAAAAAAAAAUUGCAUAACUAUAUUCAAUUUCCUUAUUAUAGUAUAAUAUAUUAUGAUUAUUAUUGCAUUUCUUAAAAAUGCAUAAUGCCAAAUUCAUGUAAACAUGAUAUGACUAUUUCAGUUUGAUAUUUAUAAAUAACUAUUAGAUAAAAUACAAAUAAUAAACUGAAUAAAUAUUAUACAAAAUAAAUAGGUUAUGAAAAAAAAUCACAAGGUGGUUUUUUUUUUUUUGAAAAACAUAUUAACUGCAACCAUAUACAUGGAUGAAGGAUAAAUAGUUAUUAAUAAUUUUAUUUUUACAUGAUUUAUUUUAUUUAUAUGAGAAUUUUGUUUGCUAUUAUUGAUUAAUUAUUGAUGCUUAUAGUUUAAUGACUAAAACUAAUUAAAAUUCCCAUUUUUAGAUUUAAAAGAAUAUUCAUUUUAUGAAAAUUAUUUGUUUGUGGUUAUUUUUAUUGUUUUUCAAAUACCCAUUUUUUUAUGUUAUAUUCAACCGGUUUAAUUUUAUUUGGACAUUUCUACUUAAUAAAAUGAGUAUCUAAAUUUAAAAUAAAUUUCUUACAUUAUAGUUUACAUUUAAAUGACAAUGACAAAUUGUUGGCUAUAAUUAAUUUCAUUGACAUGCCAAUGUCUUAUUUGUAAGCACAUCUCCACAUAUAACUAAUUGUCAAAGUAACACUAGUUUUCUCUCAUUGAAAUUGGUAUUAUCAUUAUAUAAGGGUGAUAUAUAUAUCAUACAAUUCAUUACUAACUCAAAACAACAAGAAUUGUUCUAUUCCACUUAAAUUAAUUAAUUAAUCUAUUUUGGUGAUUAGUUUAAAUAUGCACUGUUAAUAUUUAGAUUCAAUUUCAUCUAUUAUCUGGGCUUUUGUUUAAAAUUAAUAAUAUUACUGUUUAUUUAUGUGUUUGAUUUGUAGACAAAGGUGGUUAUCAAACACAAGUAGAAAAUGAAAUUUCAGAUUCAAAUGAUUUUGGAGUUUCAUUGACUGAACGAAUUAAAAAAAGAAAAAGAGCUGCCCAACCACCAGAAGUCAAUAACACAAAUAAUAUUGAUGAAAGUAAUUACAAUUAUUUAAAUUCUAUAUUUUUUUUAAUAAAUUCUUAUAGUUAGAUAAGUAAAAUUGAGUUUUCUUUAACAUUUUUUUUUUUUUUUUUUAUUUACAAUAAACCAAAAGAAAAUUAAUAAUUUUAUCCAAAAUAUUUUAGAUGAAUGUAUAAUAAAACCCAAAGUAAGAAGAGUUGAAAGAAAACUUGUACCUGUAAUAGAAAAAUUAUCCAUUGAAGAACUGAUGGAAACUAAUACAUAUCAAAAAUUUAAUAAAUGUAUAGAAAAAGUAUUUGAAAGUACUGAAGAAGGCGAUAUGCUCGCAGAAUUUGGUAUUUAUAAUUAUUAUUAUUUAAGAUUACAACUAUUUAGUAUCAGAAAUAAUUUGUUUUUUUAAUUUUUAUAGGUGAUGAAGAUGUCCCGCCAGAAGCGCUAAUACCAAAAUAUGUAUUACAAGAAUUAUGUAGUGAAUCUGCUAAACUUAAAACACUAGGUGCUAUGGAUUCAAUUCCAUCAAAUAAAAUAAUUCGCCUACUGAGUAUUCUUGAAAAAAAUAUUAGAGAUGGUGCCAAAGUUUCACCCAUAGCUGAUCCAGUAAGCUUGAAUCUAAUAUAUAUAAUUAUGGUUCAAUGUGUAUAUUUGUAAUAAAUUUAAUAGGAAGAUGAUGAAUGUGAAAGAAAAUUAUGGAUGGAGUUGGCCAUGGAAAGAGUUAUGCGUGCGGUUGAUGCAUCUCUCACUACUCUUUAUGUUUUAACAUCACCUAAAAUGCAGAAAAAAGUUUAUUUGGAAGAUGUUAUUGAUAGAGUAGUUAUGUUCACAAAAUAUCAACUACACAAUACAAUUUAUCCAGCUUUUGACCCUGUUUACAGGUAUGUUAUAUUUUACUAAUUAUAAUCAAAUUUCCCAAUUUUAAUAUUUACAAAAACAAAAUUCUCCUAAGCAAUUUUUUUUUUCAACUUUUACAUCAUUAUACAUAGAUACUUGUUUUACAUAUGAUAAUUAUUUUCAGUUUUAAUUGACAAUUUGUAUUUAUUUAUUUACGAAACUAAUAUUGUCAGAUGCUAUAUGAAAAUAUAUUCAACAGAUAAUUUAUAUGCUACAGUGGUUUUCUUUAUUUUCGAUUUUGAUUUUUUAUUGUAAUACAUGUAAAAAUAAUUGUGUAACUAAAAUGUUAAUAGAAUUAUAUUAGCCAUUUGUAUUAAAAUUUUCUAAACAUUUUUAAACUAAAAACAAAUUUCAUUAUGAUUUGAUGAGUAAUUAUCGACUAUGUUUGCUACAAAAAAUUUAAUUAAAGUUACUUUAGACAUUCUAAAAUUAUGCUGGAAUACACAUUAGUGUGUUAAACAAUUGAACAUUCAAUGCAUCCAUGAAUAGAUUUUCAAAAGUACUUAUCAGAAUUUUGUUUUGUAAUAGGAUUCAAAAGAGUCAUGAUUCAUAUACAGGAAGUGCUCGUAAAAAACGUGCACAUCCAAAAGAAGUUCGUGAUAAAAAUGUAUUAUCAUUAUAUACAAAGAUAUCAGAAGUAGUUUCACUUUUAGCUGAGCUAUUAGAAAUGCAAACUCUUACUGAUACAGCUGUUCUUCAUACUUCAUCAAUGGCUGUAUCACCAUUUUUUGUGGAAGAAAUCAGUGAACUGCAACUUUCUGCAUUAAAACUUGUUACAACGGUAAACUAUUCUAAAGAAAUCACUUGUUAUAGUUAAUUAAAAAUAAUUGUAUGAUAUUUUCCAUUAAAAUUACACAUCUACUUAAUGGUGUUCAAAUUCGCCUUUAAAAAGUAAAAUAUAUAUUUUUGUAUUUAAAAAAAAAUUUAAAAAAUUAUAUUUAAAUAGAUAUUCACAAAAUAUGACAAACACCGGAAACUACUACUUGAUGAUAUACUUGCUUCUAUGGCACGAUUACCAAGUUCAAAGCGAAGUUUGAAAUCUUUUAGAAUUAGUUCUCAAGAAUACAUUCAAAUGUUAUCAGCUCUUGUAUUGCAACUAAUACAGUGUAUGGUUGUACUUCCAGCAAAUUUGGUGGAAAAAUCAAUGAAUGUAUGAUACUAAGAAUAUUUUAUUAAUAAAUUAAUAUUAAUUAAUAAUUAUUAAAAUGUAAUUUUAUAUCAUUUUUAUUUUAAGCUUGAUCCUGAUACAUUAGUAAUCAGUAAAUUUAAGGCAGCUCGAUCCACUGCAUCAAGUUUUUUACAUGUAUUUUUAUCAAAAUGUAGCAGUAAAAGUGAAGAAAUUGAUUAUCGUCCAAUAUUUGAAAACUUUAUCCAAGAUCUGUUGACUACUGUGAAUAAACCUGAAUGGCCUGCGUCUGAACUUAUGCUUAGUGUACUUGGAAGAUUAUUAGUUGCCAAUUUUGUUAACAAAAAUUUGGAAAUGUCACUUAGAGUAGCUUCUUUAGACUAUCUUGGUGUAGUAGCAGCUAGACUUAGAAAGGAUUCUGUUACCUCUCAAUUAAGAUUAAAAACCAUAGAUGCCAUAAUUUUGGACAUACGAACAGAAGAGUUGAAAGAAGAGGAUGGAAGUUUAACUGUAUGUAUUAUUUUUAGUUAGAUAAUCUGGGUAAUUUUUAUUUUUGUGUAUUUUGUAUAUUAAAUAUUAUUUAUCAGUUUUUAAAUAUUAUUUAUCGGUUUUUAGGAAGAAGUUCCAGAGGUUCAAGAUGAUGAAGAAAGAACUGAAUUUUUACAAAGAGUUCUUUUAGAUUAUUUAGCAAUUAAAAGUCUAACUGAGCCAGCUUUAAGGCAUGCGCGUCAUUUCUAUUUGGCCCAAUGGUAUCAAGAUAACAAUGAUGCUAUUAAAACAUCAGAUUCACUAUCAAAGAGAAAAAAAGCAAACAAUACUCGGAAAAAAUAUGGUUUGUUUUAAUAUCUGUAACAAUUACUUCAUAAUAUUUAGUUCAACCUGAUUAUUUAAUUAUACUCAAGGUUCAGAUGAUGAAGAUGAUGGUGAGAGUAGCGAUUCUGGUAAAGAAAAUGAAUCUCGAAUAGAUGAAAAUAAAGCAGUAGUAAAUGCACGGGUUUGUGAGCAAAGAAAAGAAUAUUUACUGACUAAAAUUAAUCCUUAUAAUAAUGAAACUUCACAAGUUAUGCAAACAUAUGUUGAUUAUGAUAGUGCUGAAUUAGUCGCAAGAUAUUUAGCAUCCAAGAGACCAUUUUCACAGAGUUUUGAUACUUACCUUAAACAUGUAAGGAACUGAUUGUACUGCAAAUGUAUUGUUAUUAUUGGUAUAAUUAAUGUAUACUUUCUUUAUAAUUUUAGAUAAUUAAAGUGUUGACGGAAACAUCUGUAAACAUAAGAACAAAAGCUAUGAAAUGUUUGACAAUGAUUGUUGAAGUUGACCCUGGUGUUUUGGGAUUGAAAGAAAUGCAGUUGGGUGUAAGUCAUUCUUUCUUGGAUCAUUCAACAUCAGUUCGAGAAGCAGCUGUUGAUUUAGUUGGAAAAUUUGUAUUAAGUCGUCCAGAAUUAAUUGAUAAGUAUUAUGAUUUGCUAUCUGCUCGAAUAUUGGAUACAGGUGUCAGUGUACGCAAACGAGUGAUAAAAAUAAUGAAAGAUAUAUGUAUUGAGUGUCCAGAUUACCCUAAAAUACCAGAGAUAUGUGUAAAAAUGAUUCGGCGUGUUAAUGACGAAGAUGGUAUUAGAAAAUUAGUCAUGGAAGUGUUUCAAAACAUGUGGUUUACUCCAGUAAGCGAAAAACCAUCACUCGAUUCAAAAAUGUUAUUAAGAAAAGUUUUAAAUAUUACGGAUGUUGUGGCAGCAUCAGAAGAAUUAGGCCUAGAAUGGUUUGAACAAUUGUUAUUAAGUUUGUUUAAACCCAAAGAAGAUAAAGAUGACACAGCAAGAGUGUCUACUGAACCUCCAAAAGCUCUACUUACAGCCUGUAAGCAAAUUGUCGACUGUUUAGUUGAAAAUGUUGUUACACUAGAUGGUGGUGGUGGAGGUACAUCACGACAGCUCGUAGCUUGCCUUACUACAUUGUACUUGUUUGCUAAGAUACGUCCUCAACUACUAGCUAGACAUUCUCUUACUCUACAGCCUUAUUUGAGUUUAAAAUGUCAGGUAAUAUUUUUUAAAUUGUUGGAAUAUAGAUCAAUUGAUCUUUUAAUCUAUUGAAUGCUGUUUUAUCUUUAUAUCUAUAUUAAUUUAUUUUUAUUUUCAGACACAAGGGGAUAAACAAAUUAUUAGUUGUGUUGCACGUACACUUGAACUUGUUGUUCCAUUAAUAGAACAUCCCAGUGAGAUAUUUUUAUCACAACUAGAAGAAGAUGCAGUAAAACUUAUUAUGAAGCAUGACCAAACUGUAAUUUUAAGCUGCAUUUCAUGUCUUGGGUCUGUGGUGAAUAAUGUAACAAAAAACUUUAAAUUAAUAAGGGAUUGUUUUGCAAUAUAUUAUAGUAAGUUCUUAUUCUCAUUUGUUUUUUCAAGUUAAUUAUUUUAAUUUAAAAAAGCUAAGGAAACAGAUUGAUAUGAUUUUGUAUUAUAAUAAUAUAUUUUUUGGUAAUAAAUUCAUUAAAUUGGUACUCUUUAGUUUUUUUUUAUUAGGUUUUAGAUUUGCUACUGUAGAAUUAAAUUUACUCAAAUACAUUUAUUUAAUUAUAUUUUUUAUGUUAGAUUUGAAAUAUUUUUCUCAUUACUCCAAGUUUUCAAAUUGAAUAAUUUUGUAUUGAUUUAACAAGAUGUCUAGUAUAGUAUUAUAUUCAUCUUGUUAUUGAUAAAUUCAUUUAAUGUAAAUAUAUUUUGUUAGAUAAAAAAAAUUCAACUGAAUAAUCUGCUAUGCAAAAUAUAAAUUCACUCAUUUUCAAUUUUACCAAGUUUAUCACUAAGUAAUAUAUUUCAUUUAUUCUAGAGUACUUAACUAACUUUCAAAAGUUACAUCAAGAUAGACAGGCCAAUCCUCAAGCUCUGAUACCUCUACGGCCUGUUUUUCGUCGUUCAAUCUAUAUCAUUGGAUUAAUGUUAAGGUUUUUCGAUUUUACUGACAAAGAAGUUUAUGGUGACACAUAUCCAGUAAGUUGCAUGCAAUACACUAAACAAACUAUUAAAAUUUGUAAAUAAAAUUCUUCAUGUUUAUAGGAAAAUAUUAGAGAUUUAGUGUAUGAUACUAUGUCAUACUUUAUGCGUGCAGAUGAAGAUGAUACCAGAUUGUUUGCAUUAAAAGCAAUUGGAUCCAUAUGCAUACGACAUUAUGAUUUUAUGUUAUGUCAGGAUCUAAUGAACAUGUAUCUUGAUAUUUUGUCAGAUAAUAGUGUAGCAAACUUAAUGAAAUCUCAAGUAUGUGAAACUUGGCUGCUUGUGCAUUAAUUGUCUAUUAAAAACUUCAGUCUGAUAUUUAAAUAUCUAAAUUUUUUGUUUAGAUUUUAACUAACAUUGAAGUAUACUUGGAGGAAGAAGAAAAAAGAAUGAUAAAACAGGAUUUAGAAUGUAUGAUUAAAAAACAUUUAUUCAAUUAAUUUUAAUGAAAUGUAAUUAUAUAAAGUUAUAAUUAUGCAUUUUCAGGGUCAAAAAUGUCAAAAAAGGAAAAUUUGAAAGAAAUGGGCGAUGUUUCUUCUGGCAUGGCUAGUACAGUUAUUCAGUUAUAUUUAAAAGGAAUAUUAAAUUCAUUUUUACAUACAAGUGUUGAAGUUCGGCAAUCUGUACUCAAAGUAAUACAAUUAAUUUUAGCUCAAGGACUUGUGCAUCCUGUUCAGGUAUUGUAAUUAUUAUAAUAUUGUAUUGGGCUAAUGCCCAGUAUGUUAAAUCAAAUAAAAUCAUGACUCCUAGUAAAUUUAUAUAUUGUGUUUUGUGUAUAGAUUGUGCCUUAUCUAAUAUGUAUGAGUACGGAUACUGAGAAAUCAGUCAGUGGUCGUGCUGACAAGCAUUUGCAAGAGAUAGAGAAAAAAUAUCCAGGUUUUAUACAUAUGGGUGCACAAAAUGGUAUCAAAUUGUCUUUUCAACUGCAAAGUAUUGUUCAACCUGAAGGUGAACUGGUCCGUGGAUAUCGUAUAAAAGAUACAGAUAUUAUUCCAAGUGCUUUAAAUGGAUGUCUUUAUUCUAUACUCAGAACCAAACAACAACGAAGAGCACUAGUGUUAUCGAUUUUAAAACAAUUUGAGGAUACAGGAGUUAGUUGACAGUUUAUUUUAUAAAAAUAUAACAUUUUAAGUUUUCAUGUAUCCUUUAAUGAAUUGUUUUAAAUUUUUUUUUUUAUAGAAAACAAAUUUAGCUCAGAUGUUAUACUUGGCAGAUAACUUGGCAUAUUUUCCAUUUCAAUCACAAGAUGAGCCUUUAUUUAUUAUACAUCAUAUCAAUACAAUGAUAUCAGUUAAUGGGACUAAUUUGCUUCAAAAUUUUAGAGAGGUUACUAAAUAAUAAUAAAUCUCAUUACUUCUAUUUUUAUGUGUUUUUAAUUUUGCUUUAGUAAAAUAACAGUUAAUUGUUUGUACUCAAAUAUAAUUGUAUUCCUAUCCUUAGGGUCUACUUCCAAAUCCAAAUACUCCAUUGCAGUCUAGUAACAAAAUAGAUGGAGUUGUUGAAGACGAAGAAGAUGAAGAUGAAGAAACACUUAUAGAAAGAGUACCCGAUGAUAUAACAGCUCUUCAAGAAGUUAUUAUAAAGUCCCAAGGUUGCCUUCUACUUUUAGUUCUCAAAUUAUAUCUAAAAACUGUUUAUGGAAUAACAGAUUUGUAUGUGUUUAUUUUUGGUUUCUUUAGAAAUAAUCAUGCUCGGUUUUAAUAAUUUCAAUUUUAAUUCAUUUGUAGAAAAAUAACUCAAUAUUCACCAUCAGAAUCUAGUAAAAUGUAUGACAAAAAUUUAAGUAGAAAAUCAAAUUCAAAAUUUAAUCCUAAAGCUACUAUUGAAAAACUCAAAUAUGGAUUGGAAAUCAAUACUGAAGAUUUACAAAAAGCUAAACAAGACUUAAUUAAUUAUUAUUUAGAAGUAUGUGUUAAUCUAAAACUAAUUUAUAAAAUGUCUUACCAAUCAUUCAUAUCUUCUUUUUUUAUCAAAAUUUUACAGUAUUUCUUCAUCUUGUAAUCAUUUCUAGUACAUCUUACUUAUAUAAUUUUUGUCAAUAUGUUAGAGGGCAGUGUUUUCAUAUGAGUAGUGUAUUGGUAGAUUAUAAUAGGUCCUGUUCACAGCUCUGUUUUAUUAAAAGACCAUACAACAAAAAGUCAAUACUUCUUCUUUUAUCACAAUAAUAAAUAGAAUACAUUCUAACUUGCAUAAUGAUAAUCAUUUCUAGUACAUCUUACUGAUAUAAUUUUUGUCAAUAUGUUAGAGGGUAGUGUUUUCAUAUGAGUAGUGUAUUGGUAGAUUAUAAUAGGUCCUGUUCGCAGCCCUAUUUUGUUAAAGGACCAUCCAACUCAAAAAAUCAAUAAUUCUUUUAUCGCCAUAAUAAAUAGAAUACAGUCCAACUUGCAUAAUGAUACAACUAAAAUCCGUGAAUCCUUGACAUUAAUCCAUGCCGAAUAUUAAAAAUCACAAACAAAAUUUAGUGGUAUAAUUGUUAUCCGCAUAGAAUGUAAUAAAGUAGUAAGUGGGAGUAACAUAGUAGUAACCAAAGAAAAUUGUUUGAGUUGGAUGGUACUUUAAAAGACUUAUUUUCUAUUUAUUUUUCUACUUUUUGUGCUUGUCUUAAGCAUGUGUUGUGUGUAGUUAAAAUUUAUUUCUUAGUUAUGAAUUUUAAAUACCUGAAUACAUCUAGUGUAGACGAGUUUCAUAGAGAUCAGCUGAAAGUGUUGUUUUUCACUGUAUUAUACACUUUCGGUUAUCUUCAUUAUAAGUAACAGAAUUUUUAUAUUUGAAUAUAUAACAGUUGCAAUUAGUUUUUCACCUUUUUGGUUUAACAAUUAAUAAUAUAUAUUAUGUUCUCUUUUUUAGUUGAAACAUCUGAUUAUUAAUCUUGAUCCUGAUGACGAAGGAAAUGAAGAUAUGGUAGUAACUCCUAAAACUCCAAAGACUGUCCCAUCAACACCAAUUAAUCAUAUAAUUAACUCUUCUCCUCAAAUUUCAACAACUCCUAAUCAUGUUGAUUCAUCAAAUGUGUCAUAUGAAUCGCCAGAAUAUCAAACACAAGUAAGUAAUAUUUAAAAAUUACUGAAUUUGUAUUAGACAGUAGUUUGGCAACUGAUGAAAGAUUUGUGGGCAAAUACAAUUAUUUAGUAACCACAUUACUGCAGAGAGCUUUCAAAAUUAAAGAUCACUAUUUCAUUAUAUGAUUAUUUUUACAUUAAUGAAAUUUAAGUUUACUGUUUUAUUAAUAUUAAUUAAUAUUUUGUUUUAAUUUAAACUUUGUUAUUAGAACAAUGUACAAUCAACACCAAAGGUUCCUAAAGUGACAAUUAUACCCCCAAAACCUCCAUCAUUAAAACCCUCACAACCUCAAUAUCGAUCCCAUAAAUCAAAAAAAGUUGAUCGCCCAAAAAAACCUAAUCAUAAACGGAAGAAAAACAAAGACGAUAGUUCUGAAGACAGUGAUAAUGUCUACAGUGAUCCAGAUUUCUUAGUAUAAACAGGUCUUUGUAAUAGUUUAUGUAUGCUGUAAAUACAUUUGUUGUAAAAUUUUGUUUGUUAAAAGAUGAAUUAUUUAUUUUUAUGGAUAAUAUUAAUAUAAGGUAUAUUAAUAUUAGAUUUUAAGUGCUCAAUUGACCAUUCUUCUUAUGCCUUGUGCACUCAUUAUUUAAGUAUUUUCAAUAUGAGCACAUAUUGUGAGGUCUGAAACUUAAAAAUAUAAUUUAGUCUAUUAUAAUUUUUAUUUUAUUGAAUAAUAUUUUUCAAUUUUGACAGUUGUAGUUUUUUUUUCUUGAUUUCAGUUUUUAACAAGAAUGUUACAUUCAUUUCUAUAACAAUAUUCAAGGUGUCCUACUGUGAUCUACAGAUGUUUAUACCUAUUCAUAUUUUAAAUCAAUUUUUUUUUAAAAAAAAAAUGUUUCAAUCAAAUUUUCCUAUUAGGAGGCUUAUAGAGAAAACUAAAUUUUUAUUUUUACCCCCACUCACUUAUAAAAUUUAAUAUUAUCAGAGAUAAGUGUAGAAUACCAGUAGGACACUGUAUAACGCAUAAUAAAAUUAAUUUUCUUAUUAUUGUACUUUAAAAAAAGUAGUUUGUUACAAAUAUGCAUGAUCAAAUGAUUUUUUUUUAAAACAUAGUAUAAUUUUAUAAAAAAAAAAAAAAAUAAAAAUAAAAAAAAAAAAACAAGUACACAAUUAAUCAGUUAUAAAUUAAAUAAUUAAUCAACUCUAUUUUAAAACAGAUUAAUAUGGCAAAUGUAAACAAAGUUCUUGUUUUGUUGAAUAAACAUUCCUUAUUGUUAUCUUUUAUUAAACACAAUUUUUCUUUACAUCAAAUGUAUAAAAAAAAUUAUUUGAUAAAUUAAAUGAAUUUGUAUAAAUAAAUUUUAUUAGACAUAAUAACAUUUACUGAACAAAAAUUUAAUAUGAAUUUAUUAUCCAUUAACAUAUAAAGGUGAUGCCAUAUUAUAUUUCAUUAUUUUCACAAUAGGAAAGUAUAGUAUAUUUUUAAAUAUUUCUUAAAAAUUGUGUUGUUGAUAGCAAUAAUAUUGCGUGCGUAUGUGAUCAAAUUAUAGCUAGUAAUUAUAUAUUAUUAUAUUAUUAUUAAUUAACUUUUUUACGCUUUUUUUUUAUUGUGGAGACAAUUAUAGGCUCUACUGUAUAUUAUGAUGUAUACAUAUAUAUAUGUGUGUACUUAAGUACACAUAUAUGUAUAUAUUAUAUAUAUAUAUGAAAAGAAUUUAAUAAUAUUUCAAAAACUUUAUUAAUAAUGUUUAUAUAAUGCUACACAUUUAUUGUCUCUAUCUUACAAGCACAUCUAUACAGCAAAGCAUUUAGUAGAAUCAAUUGUGUGUUGUUUUAAUGUCAUGAAUGAAUUUAGUUAGUAUAUUCAGACUUGCUGGUAAGAAUACGUAACAAAUACGUGUUCAUAGGUUUUUUUGAUAUUUUCAUUUUUAAGUAAGACAUGUAUAAAAUAUAUUAUAAUUUAUAAGUGCUUUUAUUACUUAAAUAUGAAAAUAUCAAAAAGCAAUAUUGAGCAAUAUUUUUGCCUUUAAGUUUAAUUGCAGCUCAAUUCAAUCUAAUAUUAAUACUAACAGCACACAAUUGGCCCUCCUGAAUACCAUUUUGAUAUGCAAUGAAUUUGUAAGGUGGAGAUGAUAAAUGCAUGUGUAUGUAUACCCCUUAAAAGGCAUUAUAUCAAUGAGUGACAUAUAAGUUGACAAUUACCAAAAUCACAUAUCUGGUUUCCUGUCUAGAUUAGUUCAUUAUUUUUUUAUCUUUAUUACUAGUUAUUCAAUGCAUAUUUUAUUAGAAAUUAAAAUAACUAAAUAAACCAAUACAUUCUGAAUGGAUCAAAGUAAUAACUAGGUAUAUACAACAGAUUGCUUUAUUUUAAAAUAUUAUAUAAAUGAUUAUAGUUUAAUGUAUUCAAAUUACACAAUAAAGUACACAUUUUUUUUUUUUUUUAGUAUGUCCUCUUUUUGAUAUGAUGUCUGUUAAAAUUCCCUACUCACCUUUAAAUUAUAAUAUUUUCAUAUUAUAGUUAAUAUUAUGUGAUAAAUAUCUAUAAUUUUUUUAAACACAUUCCUUUUGACAAUCGAAUUGAAUUACUCGAAUGUCAAAGAUUUUAGUUAUACAAAUCGCUUAAAUUUUAUAAUUAAUUAUUUAUUUUUCAUCUCCAUUUCAUAAUAUAACUAAUGUACAGAACGUGAAUGUAUUCUUUCAUAGUUCAUUUAAUUUGUAAAUAACUAAGAUCUAUUUAACUAAUUAACAGUUUAUAAAAAUCAUUAGGUUAAUUUGUAAUAAAUUAAAACUUGUACCUUUAUUUAAAUAGUACAGGUUAGGGUUUAUAGAUUGUCCCUCUACAAUUAAUACCCAAUUAUUUUUAAUAAUUAAUAUUUUUUUUAUUAUACCCGAUUAAAGAAAUGUUGAGCAUCACCUUUAUUUAUUUUUUUUUAUUGCUUAUUACUUUCUGGCUCUUCAAAAACCAUAACACCAAAACUUUUACUUUGUUAUAAAUUACUUAAUUACAUUUCUGCUUUUAUAUUUUUUAAAUGUAUAUCAGGACAAGCAAUUGUAUUAUAACUAUUAAAUAAUUAUAAGUCAUAUAGUACAACAAUAAUAAAUAUAUUAGGUGAUAUUUCUUUGUUUAUAUAGUGUUGAUUUUUACACCAUUGUUCAGUUUAAUUGAUUUAGAUUUAUGAAUAGUAAAUACAAUAUCAUGUAAUAUUGUAUGUCAUUUUUUUAACCAAUAAAAAAAUGCAUUCAUUCGCACAUUGUUUUAUUAAACUGAUAAGCACUGAAAUCGAAAUAUAUAAGGCCAAUGUAGUUCUUACUUGUUAUAAUGUAUAAAUUAUUAUGUUAUUAUAAUAUUAUUUAUAUAUAUAUAUACAAAAAAAAAAGAAUUGUAAUAUUAUUAUGAAAUCUAAAUUUGACUACCUAUUUUUUUAGCAAUAAUAAUUUUUUGUAAUACUGUAAUUGAUGUAGGUCUAUUAUUUUAUAUAAUUAACUGUACAGUGUACUUUUAUCACCGAAAGAAAAUA